UCACGCGGGGGGCGGAGUGACGUCAGCGCCGGAGUGACGUCGCCGCGGGAGUUGCGUCAUCUCGGUGACGUCACCUCGCGCCAUGUGGCGGAGCUGCGGCGGGGUGCGCGCGGUGGUGGCCCACGGGUUGUGCCGGGUCCCCCCCACGGCUCUGUGCUCGGUGUCCCCGCAGGACUUGGCCGUCCCCAAUGCUGGGUGGAGCGUGGCCAUGCGUGAGCAGUUCCAGCGUCUGCUGCGCCGCGCUGCUGACGGCUCCUGGCGCCGCAUCCCCUCCUACCGCCGCGGACUUGAGCACCUCCCAGAGGUGCAGCAGAUGGUGGUGGGGCCGGUGACGGGGCCGGGGCCGCGGCUGUUCCUGCGCAACUUGGAUACAGAGGGUGCUGGCUUUGAGUACGCCAUCUUCCUGCAUGCCUCCGGCCACCGCACGCAGUGCCUGUGCCAGCUGGGACCCUACCUGGAGGGCCACCACGGCUUCACGCACGGUGGUGCCAUCGCCACUCUCAUUGACACCACGGUGGGGACGUGCGCGCUGGCGGUGGCCAAAACGUCGGUGAUGACGGCCAAGCUGAGCAUCAGCUACCUGGCCCCCAUGCCAGUGGGUGCUGUGGUGAUGGCCGACAGCCGCUUGGAGCGGCACGAGGGACGCAAAAUCUUCCUUUCCUGCUGUGUGCGUGACACCAAAGGGGACACGCUGUACGCCGAGGCCACCGCACUCUUCAUCCAGGUGGAGGACACCAAGCCCCCCCCGGCCGCCUGUCCCUAGCAGUGACACUGUAACGUUGGAGGGGGUGCAGCGGGGUGUCCCUGUGUCACCUCCUGGGAUCAGAGUGUGGCACUGCAGUGA